AUGGGUGCUGUUGCUGUCACACAGAGUGUACUUGCAGUUUUCAUUGGUGUGGAACGGAUCACUGGAAUCUUCAGCAAUGGAUUCAUUGCACUGGUGAACUUCAUUGACUGGGUCAAGAGAAAAAAGGUCUCUUCAGUUGAUCAGAUCCUAACUGCUUUGGCAAUUUCCAGAACUGGCUUGCUCUUGCUAGAAACUUCAUACCAGUUGAUUUGUGUGAUUAACCCAGACUGGAUGGUUACUGACAGGAUGUUAAGAUUGAUUACUAUUAGUUGGGCUGUAACCAAUCAUUUUAACAUUUGGUUUGCUACAAGCCUCAGCAUCUUUUAUUUUCUCAAGAUAGUCAAUUUUUCUAACUCUACUUUUCUCUACCUGAAGUUGAGAGUGGAAAAAGUAGUCUCAAUGGCCUUGUUGUUUUCUCUGGUGCUCUUGUUUCUGUAUAUUGCCAUUUUGAAUACACAAAUGAAUGCCUACAUUGGUGGAUGUGAAAGAAACAUGACUUGCAGGUGUAAUUCUAAUGAAUCUUUAUACUUCUCCAGGCUGUUCUUACUCACGUAUUUGAUGUUCACCAUUAUACCCUUCACCGUGUCUCUGAUCACUUUUCUCUUGCUCAUCCACUCCCUGCGCAGACAUCUCAGGAAGAUGCAGCUCAGUGGCAUGAUGUCCAAAGAUACCAACACCAAAGCUCACUUGGAAAGCUUGCAGAUCAUGGUUACCUUCCUCCUGUUUUACGCUAUUUUCUUUCUAUCGGUCAUCAUACAAGUUUGGACUGUUGAGUUGCUGGAAAAAAAUCUGAUUGUUGUGGCUCUCCAAAUUUUGGAAUUAAAUUUUUCUUCAGGCCACUCAUGCAUCCUGAUUCUUGGAAACAAGAAGCUAAGACAGACAUUGCUUGUUGCGCUGGGUUGGCUGAGGUACAGACUUUGA